UCUUACUCUUCAAGCUCAUUAACUCUAUAAUUAGUUUUUCUUUGUCUUUGUGGUUUUUCUUUUCUUUGGGUUCUUGAUUUGACAAAGUAUUAGUUAAUCAUAUUUGUGGGUUCAUCAAGACAUAAGAGUUUUUUUUGCCUCCCAUCAAUAUGUGGGUAUUUGUAAGCUUUGGUUGAGAUUCAAGGAAGUUUUUUUUUAGGUGGAAUUAUCAAACAGAGUUGGUCGAGUAUUUCUUUAUUCUUGUAGAAAAUGGAAGGUUAUUCAAGAAAAUGGCUUAUACGAAGAGGUGAAGAAACAAAUCAUGGAAAUUCUGAAGAAAAAAAGCUUGAGUUAAGGCUCGGUCCUCCAAACGGAGACUGGUCUUGUAGUGAAAAAGAUGAAACCCUUUUUCCAUUUAGUUACAACAUCUCAAAGGGUAACCAUGCCCAGAAUUUUUCUUCAUUUCUUCAGCUUCAAUCAACGGCACAGAGCCAAAGCCUGAAGGUACAGGAAUCACCACAGACAGGCUGCACCAAAACAGCAGAUGUACAGAGCACAGAGAAGAAAAAAGCAUUUUCACAAACAGCUACUGUGCAUAACAGCGCUCAGAAAAGGACUGCACCAGCACCAGUAGUAGGUUGGCCUCCAGUUCGUUCAUUUAGGAAGAAUCUUGCAAGUAGCAGCUCUGUGAAACCUGCAGUUGAGUCACAUAAUGUGGUCCCAAGUAAGAGUGCCAACAAAAAACCAAUGGAAAUUUGUCAGAAAGGAUUAUUUGUUAAGAUCAACAUGGAUGGUAUUCCUAUUGGAAGGAAAGUAGAUCUCAAAGCUUAUGACAGCUAUGACAAGCUUUCUUCUGCUGUUGAUCAACUUUUUAGAGGCCUUCUUGCAGCUCAAAAUGAUCCAUCUGCUGGUGGGAAUGAGAAGGAGGAAGACGGGGAAAAAGCGAUAAGUGGUUUAUUGGACGGAAGUGGGGAAUAUACUCUUGUAUAUGAGGAUAAUGAAGGUGACAGGAUGCUUGUUGGGGAUGUCCCUUGGCACAUGUUUGUGUCCACGGUGAAAAGGCUGCGUGUGUUGAAAAGCUCUGACCUAUCUACACUUACACGUGGAACUAAGCAGCAGCAUUAGCUAACCUACUGAUACGAAUGAGCUAACGAGAUGUAGAGUCAACAUAUCUGAGAGAAAAGAGUGACAUGUUUUGUAUGGAAUUUGAAGUUUUUAAUUGUUGAAAUAGGUUGCAGAAGCAAAAAAUAUUGAUGUAAAUUAAUUAUGAAUAUUGCUGCUAAUAUUUGUGUUUUUGGAAAGGCAAAAGAAUUAUUGCUUUCUUAUGA